GAGAGAGAGAGAGAGCCACUGAGCUCAUUUAGAAGCAGCCAGAGAGAGAGAGAAUGGCAUCAGAGUCAAAGAAAAAGAACAAGGCUGUUUAUCUUUGUGCCUUAUUAGGGAUGUUUGCAGGUGUUGUUUUCAGCUCCUGCUUUCCAAUGAAUUUUGAGGAACAACUUAACAGUGCCCAUCUUACACAAGGUUUUGUCCAAAUACAAGACACCGUAGCAAGAAGAAUACAAGAUGGCUUGAUCGCCCUGCCAGUUAAAUUCCUCCAUUUCUUCCUUUCAAGGUCUCUACAGUUCCGUCAUUUGUCCGCGCUGCAGCCACCGCCGUUUUCUACUUCAAUGCUAUUCUGGGUAGCAUUUACUCGAUCGGUUUCUUCCAUGUCCGACGAUGGACCUCUCUAUGUAAUAAGAUAAUAAUUUAAUUCAAAACUUGGCAAAACAAUGCGUUGUUGUUUUCCCCUCUGUUGUUUUGGCAUGUAAACUACCGUGACUGGAAAGUAAAUGUCACUCCAUACAGUACAUAUUUAUCAAAACA